UGCAUUUUUAGAGGUGCAGAUAAAGCUUGCAAUUCUCCUUAAAUGAAAAAAAUCAUUGGAGGAAAAAAAUGAUUGAAGUCAUAAUACUGAAGAUUGAAAAUCCAGAUUGCUUUUGGGUCUACAUAAUAGGAGGCAGAAAAAUUGUAGUCAAUGAAAUGGAAUAUGAAACACUUCAGACUGAAAUGAAUCAAUUCUAUAACAAACAUUAUCGAUGUGUGGAUGCCAAGCCUUGUGCACUGGAAGAGGGACAGGUUUGUGCUGUUUACUGUGAGGAACUGAAAUCUUGGUGCAGAGCUGUUGUUAAUUCAAUCAUAUCAUACACGGAUUAUUACAUUGCAGAAUGUUUCCUUGUGGACUAUGCCAAAACUAUUCCUGUGAACACUGAAAAGAUCUGUGUGGUCGUAAAAUCAUUUGUGAGGCUGCCUUAUAGAGCUACAAAGUUUAGGUUGUACUGUGUCAAACCAGUAACACUACGUGUCAACUAUUACAAUGACAAUUCUGAGAUAGUGCCUGCUAACAAAUGGGAUAUUGCAGCAAUCCAGUACUUCCAAAACCUCCUGAAUGAAGCCACUCAAGUGGAGGCCAAGAUAUGUGCUGUUGAAGAGGAUAAUUUUGCUGUCUAUCUUUAUGUCACAAUAAAAGGUGAAAAGGUGUGUGUGAACGAUGCUCUUGUUGCAAAGAACUAUGCUUGCUAUGAACUUGAGAAAACAAACCAGAAACGAGAUUCAGAAGGUACCAAAUCUCGUUCAGAGGAGAAGAAUCCUGUAAGGCUGCUGUGGCCAAUGUUACUACGAGAAUCUAAGGUUUCUGAGAUGGGUGCUGCUCCUGUUUGUGAUAAUUCUGAGAUAGCAGAGUUGACACAUUUCCCAGAAAUUAACUUACAUAAACCAAAACAGCCUGAUGUAGUGGUGCCUGUUUCCCCUUUGAAGCAAGGAAUAACUUUUUCUGUACCAUCAGGCAUGCAAACAGUCAGCAACUUGCCUAAGUCAAGUACCAAAAUACAGGAAAGGGAGAAUGAUCUCUACAAGAACAACCUUGGGGUGAAGCUUCUACAGUUUUUAAACCCUGAUCCUCUGAAAAUUGCCACUGAUCAAGAAACUGAGGAGCUGAAGCUGAAUAUCACCACUACAUGUCUUCCUGUUGUGCUGAGUAAUAAAAUUGAACCAUGUUCAUCUCUAGAAACCGCACCACUGUUUCCAGCUUUAAAAAAGGAGCUUUUAAGAAAGCAAUUCCAAGGACCUAAUCAUGUACAGUCUUACUCCUGGCCUGCAAUAGCACGUGGAUAUGAUUCGCUUAUUAUCUCUUCUGAAAGUAACCCACUUUCAUAUCUUCUGCCAAUCAUUACAUUUUUGCAGUCAAGAAAUUGCUACAUAUCGUUAUCAGCUAGACAAGGUCCAGUAGCAUUAGUCAUAUGCCCUGGCCAGAAGAGAGCAGAACUGGUAUUUGAGCACCUGAAAAUGUACAGCCAUUGCUCCAGGCCUCUUCACCCAAUGUUGCUUGUCCUGGGAAUGAAAAAGGAAGAAAUCAAGAGUGUAAGAAUUCCAAGAGGAUGUGAAAUCGUGGUAACAACCCCACCUAUCUUUUUGCGGCUGCUCGAGCAUCAUAGUUUACUCUUCCUUAGGUUGUGUCAUCUGGUGUUGGAUGAAGUUGAUGUAUUGUUCUCUGAUGCCAAGGAGCAGACACUUACUAUUUUACAAUACUACAAAUCUAACCUGAGCGUUGAAGAAAAGGAGUUUGUGCCGCAGCAGAUUGUUGCUGUUGGAAACCACUGGGACAAAAAUAUAGAAGUUUUAACAAAAGAAUUCAUGAAUGAUCCAUAUAUUGUAAUCACCUCCAUGGGAGAAGCUGCCAUAUAUGGGAAAGUGCAACAGGUUGUGCAGCUCUGCCUUGAGUGUGACCGGAUCUCUACUUUACUUCAAACGUUAGAUUUUACCCCUACAGAUGCUCAGAAGACGCUGAUUUUUACAAGUUGUGUGGAAGAAAGAGACAUGGUAUACAAGGCGGUAGAGAGCAUUUCAAUCUUUUGCUUGAAAAUGAACCCGGGAAUUGGAUUUCAUUCUGAUUAUAUUGUAGAGCAGUGGAACAAAACAAUCAGCCCUGGAACCCAUGUUGUAUUGGUUUUAACCGAUGACUGCACAGCAGCUGUAAAAUUUACAGACGCAACCCGUGUCAUUCAUUUCAGCUUUCCACCAACUCCAAGAAUCUUUGGUGCCCGCUUACAUGGCCUGUCUGCCAACUUCCAAAAUUCAGUAGAAAAGAGUCCAUCACUGGGAAAAGAAGAGAGCAAAGCCAAAUCCAUCUUGCUGUUGACAGAGAAAAAUGCCUGCCAUGCAGUUGGAGUGUUGAAUUAUUUGGAACGGGCAGAAGCUUUCGUCCCCCCUGACUUGUACAACUUUACCAGGGGAGUGUUGGAAGCCAAAGAGGAAAAGAGAAGCGGGCAGCCGUUUUGUUCUUCCGUUAAGGCCUAUGGAAUAUGCAAAAAUAAAAAACGCUGCCCAGAUCGCCAUCGCGUUAACCUUCAAAUUGAUGUGCCCUCAAAAGUAGCUGACGAAGCUCUGCAAACAGGUGGAAUUAUAACAAUACUGCCUCUUUUUAUUGUGGAUGCCACAAACUACUUAGGCCGUGUGGUAGGGAAAUGGGGUAAUCUCUACGCAGCUCUUGAAACAGAGAUGAAGGACUAUUAUCAGGAAUCUAGCAAUUGUACCCCAGCGGACAAAGUGGAGAAGCUGGCAAUGUAUGGACUGCGGGAAGAAAAUUCUUUCCACAGGGUCCAAGUGCUAGACGUGGAACAAAAAGAAGAGCCCAGUGCGUUUUACAACGUUGACAUCAAGUACAUAGAUGAAGGCAGAACUGGCUAUGUUCAAAAUCAUCACUUGCUUAGUUUACCAGAACAAUUUCAAGCGUUGCCUCCUCAGGCUGUGGAAUUCAUAGUUUGUAGGGUUAAACCCAUUGAUAAUGAAGCAGAAUGGCAUCCAAAAGUAUCCAGAUGCAUUAAUGACAAAAUCAGAGGAAAACCACAUGAAGCCAAAGUAGCUCUUGUCCUGGGAAAUACAAUUUGGGUAGAUCCGGUGAUUCGAGUCACUAAACUUCAAGACCUGAAAACUUCAAUCAACGAAUAUAAUAUUCGCUCUGAAAUCCUAUCUACUGGAUUGGGAGUGGACAAUCCUGAGCAUAUACAGGAACUUGAGAAAUUAUUUAAUGAGGCUGAAAUACCCCAUGAGAAAAAAGAGAAGCCUGCAUUAUUAAAUCCCCCCACGGAUGAAAGAAGUGAGGAGGCUGAACCUGUUGAGCAGAAAGUCUCAAAUCCUGCAACUCUGAGCUCAGAGACCUCAAGCAAACAGCCCUUGCCCGUUGUACAGAAAUCGCAGCACAGCCAAGAUAUCAUCCAUGAUGGUUAUUCUCAAGUGUCUUUAGAAAAUCACUGUAAUGAAACGGCGCAAAAUAAGAACAACGAAGACAUUCUGCAGAUUUCAACUAAAUGCUUCCACCCAACAAUAAAAUGGUUUGAUAAGCAAGACGCUGUUGUUGUAAAGGUAAAAUUGCAAAAUAUUAGUAAUUACGACUGCAGGAUUUUUGAACAGAGGAUCGCUUUCAGCGCUUCGGCAAACGGCAAAUUUUAUUUGGCCAAUAUGGAGCUGCAGAGAAGCAUCCUCAGAGAGAAAUCAACGUGCGUCCUUAAGGGCGACGAGCCCACCAUACUCCUUGUAAAAGUGAAGAAGGAACCUUGGUGCAACUUGCUAAAAGAGAAAAACCAUCAUGUAUCGUUUGACUUUGAUUACUUGGAUGAUAAUGAGGAAAGAAGCCCAUUCUGUAUAGGUAAGCAGUUCAUUGUUUUAUGUGCAGUAUCUUCACGUCUAAAGGGAUGGGAAGCCCUUCUGUAUUUUUUGCAAACUCUUCUGGGGAAGACAGAUUAUACUGUGUAUUUCAUGGGGUGUGCGAAGAAGAAGAGGAGGAGGAAGAAGAAUCUUCCAAAGACAGUGAUUCAGAGAGUGAUUUAUCCUCUUGUUAAUUAUAUCUUGGCCUUUAGUCUUUGAUCCCCUACAAGGUUAAAGGAUCUAAAAUAGAUAGUACAAAACCCCUCACCUGUGCAUCGGAUGCCUUCUUCAUAGUGAUACAGUCUCAGCAUUUUAUUAAAAAUGUUGACAAUGGGACUUCUGUGGGGUGCCACAUUUGCUGUUUAUUGACAGUUAUAAUUCUAAGCAUGCUCGCUGCAAAUGAAUCUUAACAACUUUGAGUGAAAUUUAAUUUGAUAAACAAGUUGAUAAUUACAUCAAAUUUAACAAUUAGACCAGGACAGGUACAGUAUUGAAAAUUGCUUUUCAGUUGCAAUUAUACCAAAAUACUUCACAAAGAAGCAUGUUUGGUUUUUUGUUUUUGUUUUUUGGUUUUUUUAAAAAAAUACAAUAAAAUCUGAGUUUUGUGUUUUGUAAUGCUAUAAGGUGCUAACAGGAUAGGCUGAUCAUUUAUUGUAACUCGGUUCUUAAGGAAUGUAAAAUGGGUAAUGCUAAUUCAGUCUAGUUGCUAUGAUGAGAUAAUUUACCUUUACCUUUGUGAGAGGUAAAGCAGUAAUAUAACAUUACAAACGAAUAACUUUUGGUUCUUUUUUCACAAUAGUUUCAAAUACACAAAGUUUUGUAUAUUUGUUUAGGAAAAUGUUCAGAUACCUGGUUUUGCUUUCAGGUGUUUAGCUUUGUUGUGGCAUUGCAAUAUAUCAGCUGGGUCAACCAAAACAUCACAUAUUUCUUCCUUGAGCAGAAGAAAAUAAAAGCAUAUCACGUAUCAUAUAAUUUAUUGGAAAAUCUGAAUACAGAAAACCUGUAAUUAUAGAUGCAACUUACACAGAAUAGGAAGUUUUGCAAAAGGUUAUUGACAGUGUGUUUCUCAACCCCAGCAAUUUUAAGAUGUAUGGACUUCAACUCCCAAAAUUCCUCAGCCAGCAAAGUUAUAAAGGUUGAGAAAUUGUGUUAGAAUAUACAAGCUAGUUCUCUGAAAAUCUAUAGUUACUGUACAAUCCAAUUGUUCUACUUCUGUAGCUGUGCAAAGUUUAUCGAAACAACAAAGGAAGCACAAGUCUACAAACAACCUAAGUUUAUAAUUUUGCAUUCAGAUAAAUCCGAUACUUGGCCCUUCUCUGAAUUAAUAUCGGUCCUGUUAACCGUUAGUUGUCUUUCUGAGAAAAAAAAAGUGUUCAUUAAAAUUUAAAAUGAUUAACCUCUGUUUUGUAAAAUCUUUUAUUAUUUGUGGCUUGAAACUACUAUAGAGUCAAAAUAGUCCCAGAGGCUAAUAUUGAAACUGCAACCUUUAGGGAACAGUUCUGAAAGAGAGUGUCUUGGAUUUUAUAAAAGCCCCUGAGUAAUUUUCAAAAAUUAAUAUUCAAUAACGGUAAAAAGUCUGUGGUUCCAGCUAUGAUAUGGCCCUGGAUUCUCCCAUACUUGGUAUUUUCUAAAAAGAAGAUGAUACUGUUCGUGCAUGUUUGGAGGAGUGACAUCCUAACCCUAACAGAUUUUCAAAAUUGCAGUAAUAAAUCUCACCAGUCUUUUUUAAAUGCUACAAACUCCUUUGUUAUCUUUCAAUUGUAGUUUGAUAAUUAGAUUUUGGGGUGCGAUGCGGUUGUCCUCGUUUCUUAAACAUCCAACACUGAAAAGUCCAGAAGGUAACACUCUGCAUCAACCUCAUAGUUAAAGCUCCCCAGGAAUGAAAAUUAACAGGCUUGGAUGUCACCGGAGGAAAAGUGUAGACAAUUCCUGUCUAGGCUGUGAGGAUUAAGACCUCAUGCCAGGCCAAUAAACUCCUAUUAUCCCACCCACUGAUCUUGCAAAAUGCUUUUAAUACAGAGAAAGCAUUGCACUGUCUCAAGCUCUCUUGAGGCCAAGGAUAGACUUGUUGACUUCCUCAGGUUUUAGCGGUAAACAUCCCUAUCCUUCUUGCUUCUCCUUGACAUUUGGAUAUGGCUCUCUAGCCUACUUGAUGCAGGAGUUGGCCUCUUCUGUUGUGUUGGUUAACAGGUAGCUCAGACACAUUGUCCUAUGAGAUUGCCCAAAAGGUAAUUCUCAGUUGUUAAAUGCUUUUCAUUGUGAAAUUUAGUAGUGGAAACUCCCCGUUUCCAUUCUUGAUUUUCCCAAGCUUGGCUAUAAAUCUUUAAACCAUAACAGAUGCGAAAAAUAUCCCGCUUCCUCAAUAAGUCAGGGUAAAUAUGAAAAAAAAAAAUCUUUGUUAAGAUCUUUGCCAUGUCAUACAUGUUGUAAGAUCUUUGCUGUCUCGUGCAUAUUCCGUAAACCAC